UCGCCCUAACUCUGCCAUGUUGGAUGGAACUGGCUCAGGGCUCCUAUAACGGCAGUACUUCCAAGGAAAGUUUUCACCUCGUCCCAGCUUCGUCCUGUUGUCCCAGUUUUGACCAGGUUUUGAGGAGCCGAGAGACGCCAAAGCUACAUUCCUGCACCGUGUUCGCUUUCCCUUACCUUUGUCUCGGCGGAGCGGCGGAAUACUCCCGCACCGGCGUGAGGAGUCGGAGGCAGGCCACGGAUGACCGAGGGAUUGUUUAUGUAUCUUCCCGGAGCUCCUACAAGCAGUCAGCGGGUGCAGACUUCAUAAACUGAUCCCUAAUAAUGAGUGGACACCCGUCGCAACGGCGGCAAAACAAUGUCGGCUCCUUAAUCUUGUCACAGCAGGACAAUGAAAGCCUUUUUAACUACCUUGGGAAGAAAUGCAUCACGUUGUCUUCAGGAGUGGUCCAGGUGUACACGGCAGACCGAAACGGCAGCUGGAGCAAAAGAUGCUGCGGGGUGGCCUGUCUGGUCAAGGACAACCCCCAGCGCUCCUACUUCAUCAGGGUCUUGGACAUCAGGGACGGUAAGACGAUGUUCGAACAGGAGCUGUACACCGGCUUCAUUGAUACCCUGCAGAGACAGUACUUCAUCACAUUUGCUGGAGAUACGUGCCAAGUGGGUCUAAACUUCGCCAGCGAGGAGGAGACCAAACAUUUUCAUACCGCCUUAACAGAUCUGACGGUGAAAAGAAACAGGAAAACAGAGAAGAGGCGGGACCCUCCAAAUGGACCCGCGUUGCCCAUGGCGACCAUCGACAUCAAAAACCCAGAGAUCAGCAACUCGCAUCGUUUUCACAACAACUCUCAGAUGAACAGCCUCGUGCACGGCUCCUUCCCCAGGAGGAUCAAGAAGGAAAAAGUGAAGAACAAGAAGAAGCUGACCAAGGCUGACAUCGGCACACCCAGCAACUUCCAGCAUGUUAAUCACAUAGGAUGGAACCCAAACACCGGCUUUGAUAUGAACAACCUGGACCCGGAGCUGAAGAACCUGUUUGAUUUGGCCGGCAUCUCCGAGGCUCAGCUGAAGGACAAGGAGACCUCCAAGGCCAUCUACGACUUCAUUGAGAAAAAUGGAGGCGUGGAGGCCGUCAAAAACGAGGUACGGAGACAAGGUCCGCCCAGGUGGAGCGCUCCUCCACCGCCUCCACCCAGAGGUGGCCCCCCUCCACCACCCCCACCCCAAGCUCCUCCGCCCCCGCCACCUCCGCCGCCUCCCGGACCUCCCGGGCCUCCCGGACCACCUCCUCUGCCCUCCAUGGAGGCUAACGGAGGGGACGGCAAGUCCGCGCUGCUGAGCCAGAUCAGAGAGGGAGCGCAGCUGAAGAAGGUGGAGCAGAAGGAGAGGCCGGUGUCCACCGGCGGCAGAGACGCGCUUCUGGACCAGAUCCGACAAGGAGUCCAACUGAAAGCUAGGGACGAUAACUCCGAACAGACGUCUGCUGACUCGGCACCGACAGCGGGUAUCGUCGGGGCGCUGAUGGCCGCGAUGCAGAAGAGAAGCAAAGCGAUCCACUCUUCGGACGAUGACGAUGAUGACGACGAUGAAGAUGACUUUGAGGAAGAGGAUGAAUGGGACGACGAGUGAAACUUUUUUUCUUUUUUUUUCGCCCUCGAUGACACUAAAAUUUAUCCCAGUCUUUCUAAAAUAAAGUUGAUGACUUCAUAAUUAUAAUUAAAAAUGUUCCAUCAGUUUGCUGUACAUGUUUUUUUGUUGCCUCUAUGCUUUUUUUUUAUUAUUAUUAAUCUGUGCAAUACCUCAUUUAAUCUAUGUUUGUCAGUCUAAUCCUAGAGGUUGUCUAUCGUCGUUUGCUCCAUCUUGUCUCCUGAUGGGAUACAUUUUUCUUAUUCUGUUGCUAUGUGGCUCAGACCUUCAAUAUUUCCAAUUCUGUUGAUCACUCUCUGCCACUUUUCAUAUCUGCUGUCUCCUGUCACACACGAUCCGACUUUGCUCCCAUUUUCACCCCAAUGUGCAAUUUUAAACGUCUCUUAAGCAUUUGAGCUGAAUGUCGGCUACAUUUUUUUUUCCGCAGCGCUUUGAGAGGGCUUACAAGAUGGCGAGACAAGUUGCCACAAAAUCUUAUUUGUAUCAUUAUUAGAAAGGGAGAAGAAAAAGAAAAAGGCUAUUUUCAUACCCUUUUGCUCUAGUUUAUUUUUACAUACUCGAAUAAUUCUAGUUUAUUGAUCAUAUUUUCUUUAAAAAAAAAAGAAAAAUACAGCACUCUGGAAUAUUUAGAAUUCAUUCACUGUGGACUGUACAUUUACUCUAAACUAACGAGUCUUUUUUUUUUUUUUUGCACAGAUUGAAAAAUCCGACUCGUUGCAGGGAUAGACAUUUUAGGGUUCGCAUCAUAAUUUAAAGUGCACAUGCUUUAAGUAAUGUUGCCAAAUACAUGAGGAAUUGAAAUGGUAAAUUAACACUACAAACAGUAAAGAGGGUAGCCCAGUGUUAUGUUUGGGUUUUCUUUUUUUUUUUAUCUCUGCGACACUACAGGUUUAAUUGACUUUUGUGCUCAUUUGUUUUGUUUUUUACAGUAGAAGGCAGAGUAUUAAUACCUGUUCAUUGUAAUCAGGUAAUUCAUCAUGUGAUGCUAAAAUAAAGAUAUUUUAGUUUUGCACACCGAU